AUGGCGACAGUAACAAUGGCAACAGCAGUUGGUGCAGCUGCUCUGUUAUAUUAUACUUUAAACAAAAAACUACAAUCUGGCACAACACCCGAUGAUGAAGAAGAAAGUGAUAGCCUUGUACAAAGUCAUGGUCCUUCAGGAGUUGAACGAGUAUCCAAUAGACUAAUACAGGCUCCUGCAACAUGGCUGGAAAGCAUUUCAACUUUGUCAGAAACUCUUCGAUUUACAUAUUCAGAAACUUUAGGUAAAUGGCCAAUUGGAGAUUUAGCUUUGGGCAUCAGCUAUUUGUUAAAAAGACAGGACACUCUAACUGCUGCAACAGGGGCAGUUGUGCCAUUUCAUCAUACAAUUGUGCAUGAAGGAGGAGUUACUAAUUUGGUAUUAGGUUUUGCUCAUUGUGGAAUGUUUGCAACUGCUCGAUGGAUUGCAAAGCUUGCAACUCCUCUUCUUCUUAAAGCAUUCCAAGAUUACCCUGAUUAUAAGCUUCAAAUUGUUGGACAUUCUUUGGGUGGUGGAACUGCUGCACUUUUAACUUAUGUCUUAAGGGAACAGAAAGAACUCUCUACAACUACUUGUGUCACAUUUGCUCCAGAUGUUGAGGAUGAAUUUGAUGUGGAGACAAUGAUAAAGAAGCAAGAAACACAUGAUUUAUUCUGUCCAAAUUGCAAUUCUUGUAUCACAAAAAGAGUUAUUCUUCGUAAACGGAAACGUAAAAUCCCGGUUCCUGGUGAAAUUGCAAAGCGUAACAAGCCCAAAACUUCAAAUCCUUCAGAAGUGAAUCUUGUUUCUGAUGAUAUUCAACCGUUGAUAUCUAAUGAAUAUGAUCAUGAGAGGACCAAGAAACAUCGAUGGGAGGACCAAGAGUAUGACGAAUUGGAGGAGAGUUUGAUUGAUAGAAGAAAGAAUCUCAAACAAACGCCAAUUUUCACGAGCAUCAAUGAUGAUUUCAGCAGCAACAACGGUGGUUCAGUUGGUGUCUUGAAUGGAGAUCAAAAAAAAGAAGAAGAAGUCAAAGAUUUAAGUCAACAAAAUGGCAUAAAGGUUGAUGAAGAUGAUAUAGAGAAAGAGAAACAACAGACUUUAAUGUACCUUGUUUAUUAUGAUGCAGAUAAAGAUACUGGGUUGCGUCUUGAAUCAUCAAAAGGGGAAGCAAAUGGUGUUGAUUCGACUUUUCAUGGGAAAAUCCCCAUGAAAGACAACAUUAAUAUAACAAUACAUAAUCAAGAAAACGACUUCAAUAUAACAAUACACAAUCAAGAAAACGGGAAUGGUCUGGACUUUGUUAUCAACAACCAAAUUGGUGAACAUGAAAAGCAAAAUAACUUAUCCGAUAACAGCCUUCAUCCAUCAGAAAUAUCAUUUGAAGAAGUUGACAAAACAGAAAGCAGCGAAAUUGAAGUGAUUAAAGAUGUUGAGGAUGAAUUUGAUGUGGAGACAGUGAUAAAGAAGCAAUAA